AUGCCUUUCUUCACUCGCGUCUUUCGAAGUAAAGACAACAAUGCUGCAAAGAAAGCAGCCAAAUCCCCGGAAGUAGAAGAGAAAGGGCCCGCAAAGCCCACAUGGACCGACGCGUGGCAGCGAUCCGAGGUCGCCCCCGAAGAGGUUCAGGAACUCUUGCGAGGGUGCACCCAAGAACUAAAGGCACGAGCUCUUCAAACUCCCUUUUUACUUCUACCCUUCCGCCCAAGUACCGACGCCAGCGCUGCACGUACCUUCAUCCGUAACUACUUCAAUCAGUCCCUGGAAAGGGGCUCACCUCUGAGCGGGAAUGCAUUGGCACAAGAACUCCGGCUGUCGGACCCCAUGGUCCUGUGCAGUGUGCUGAAAUGGUGUUGGAGUCGACUCCCUGGAGGAGUCGUUACCUGGGAAGCAUAUGAACUAUUUAAGGUUGGAGAGCAAGAUUCCCAGUUUGCCCCCGACGCAUUUACCACUUUCAUUCCCAUCAGUGUCGACUCCGACGCUCGGUCGAAGAUCGUUUUUGACUUUUUCGACCUCCUCGCUGCCGUCGCAGCACACGGUAAAUCUAAUGGUCUUGGUGGACGGAAACUCUCCCGGUAUGCCGGAUGGUGGGCAUUCGAUCAUGCGGAUACGGGCAACGGCUUCGAGGCCGCUUAUAAGAAUUGGGCACGGGCCGCUGAUGCGACAAGCCAUCUGUUCUUCGCCUAUCUGCGAUCCUUGUCGCCCGAACUGCGCGGGGUGAACGCCAUUACAACGCUCCCUAUCUCCCUCCAGACUCUUGUCCGGGCGACGGAAUAUCCGCCAGAGACGCCCACCCUACUUCAGGUCUCCACCACCAGAGUCGUGAUGAUUGUCGACACCGUCUCCCCUACUCCAUUCGCUCUGCUGCGGCGCGCAAAGAACUUCGAGUACAGAGACAGCGACCGCCAUCUCCAGGAGUUCGCCAGCUUCGAGGAGCCCACCAAAGCACUGACCGAUGAGUGUCUUCGUGUGCUCAAAUGCAUCUCUUCCAUCAAUCAGUCAAGUGCACCGGAGCCGGGAUCGGCGACUCGGGAAGCCUCGUGGUCGCGAUUUGAGGACCUUGGAUUUGGCGGUGCCCUCGAGUCUGACCUGGAUGAUGAUUCAAGCGCAGUUCGUCUAGCCAGGAACGAAUUCGGAGGUGGCUUAAGGUCCGCUCCACAGUCCGGUGCAGGUGACUUCGGCCGGCCCACGACUCCAUCAUGGGCAGACUUCAUGUCGUCCGGCUUUGGUGACGAGAACGGCCUGAAGGGCCCGAUUGCUCCUUUGCUUCUUCCUCCUGACAAGGUUCUUCCCCCUAUCGCAAGCGUCCGGGGUCAAAGCUCGCAGUCACACAAGCGCAGCCUGAAUGACGAGCCGUCCAUGGAACCGGGUGAGCUCGCAAGCAUCACCACUCUCGAUCUCGAUGACUCUUUUUGGUGGGUGUGGAUCAGCAGUUUGGCUGGUGAGGAGCCCGUGUCCCGAAAGGCCGUUUUUGGCCGGUGUGCAUUGCUCGAGACCGUAAUCAAAGACACAAAGUGGUUGGUACUGGAAGAGCAGGUGAAGGGCGCAGCACCGGAACCAGAACCGGGUGCAUACAUCGUGGAAAAGAAGCGCUUCUUUGGGUUCUCGACUCGUAAACGCGGUGUUGGGCGUCGCAAGUCCUCCGCUAAGAAAGUUAGUGCGGUGGAAGACUCGUACAAGCGGCCGGACAAUGAAGCUCCCCAAAGCAAGACCAGUAUUGCCCCUGACCAGCAUGCCCGCAUCCAAGCGGCAGCGGCAGCACUUCAGAAGCGGCAUCGGGAGGAACAAGAAGCUGCCAAUGGCUCUAAGAACGUCUCAGAGGAUGUCAAAUACAACACGAAGACGAACUCUGUCAUGACACUACAGCCGUCGAUCGUGAACGAAGCGUCUCAGGCUAUGAAGUGGGCGACCAAUUACGAUAAAAACACCUACAGAACUGCCUACUUGAGUAACAGCCGUGCAGGAACUGGUGCUCUAGCAGAAGAUGCCAAGGUGCCGAUCGAACAGCCCAGCACCCCGACCUCCCCGAAGGCCAGCGCCAGUGCUCGACAGGCACCGCCACCUUUGCCGAAGGAUACACCGUCAAGUUCCCCGAAGCCCGCAGUUCCCAGAAAAGAGCCUGCUGCUCAAGAGGAGCAUCCGGCAAGCAGGGCUGACAGCCCGAGCCUUGCCUUGUCAACCACUGAAUCGCUCCCGAAACAGUCCAUGGAUUCGGAGGAGUCUAGUCGGAAGAUCAAGAAGAAGCCCGGCAACGCCGGUUUCAAGAGCAUGUUCGGAACAGUCAAAAAGAAGAACGAGCCUGAACCAAAGCCGCCAAUGAAACCUACUGGGUCCGCUGUUGCCGCCGCUCGGGCUGCCCUCGAGGACAAGGCAAGAGCCGCCCAGGAGCAGACGAUGCGCCCUUCGACAAAUGGCAAGCCUACACUGAAAAAGAAGCCUGUGCCCAUUACAGUCCCUGUCGAGGCACCUAAGCCUGUCGAGAGUCCCAAGCCUGCCGCGCCUGCUGCGGAAGAGAAAGUCCCCGAGCCCACUGAACCCACGGUUACUAUGGAAGCACUCAAACCCCCUGCUCCCCACAGCGAUGAACCUCAAAUCCGCCGUCAAGCCGAAUAUGACGCUCUUUCGCGCAUUGAUACCAGAGAACGCGCAGCGGCCGAUCAAGAGUUCUCCAGGUUUGACCAGGGACCCCUGGUCGAGCAGCCUGCUUUUGUCCCUAGCGAUUCUCCUGUUUCCGAACGAUUCCUUGAGAAGCCUGCAUCGUUUCACUCUGCGACCGAUCGGGUUUCUGUUGAGCCACAGGAUGAGCGCAGCCCUUCCCCUCCGCCGAUGAACACAUCCUAUGACCGCUGGGCCCAGAUCCGCCAGAACGCCGCGGCGAGGGCAGCUCAGGUCGAGUCGCAUGCUGAUGAUAGCGACGAUGACAACACCAGUGAAGAAGAGAGCUUCGAAUCUCGUGCUGCCCGUAUCAAGGCCAGAGUUGCUGAACUCACUGGCAACAUGCAAGCUGCAAGCAAGCCUUGA